GACCCACAGUAACCACUGUAGGCGCCUUUGAAGUGUCUGAGGGCUGUGAGAGGAAGAAAGGCCAACGCUGGGGGUCCCUAGAACGCCGUGGGAUGCAAGCUAUGGAAGGGGAGGUGUUACUCCCUGCUCUCUAUGAGGAGGAAGAAGAGGAGGAGGAAGAAGAAGAGGGAGAAGAAGAAGAAGAAGAAGAAGGAGUGCAGAAAAGUAACAGUGUGAGCUCCCUGUCUGUUGGCAAGCAUCGAGGCCUGAGCCUCACAGAGACAGAGCUGGAGGAACUCAGGGCUCAGGUGCUCCAGCUGGUGGCAGAACUGGAGGAGACCCGGGAACUGGCUGGGCAGCAUGAGGAUGACUCCUUGGAGCUGCAGGGGCUCUUGGAAGAUGAACGGCUGGCCAGUGCCCAGCAGGCGGAGGUGUUCACUAAGCAGAUCCAGGGGCUCCAAGGGGAGCUGCGGCAUCUACGAGAAGAGAUUUCCCUGUUGGAACGUGAGAAGGAAAAUGAACUUAAGGAAAUAGAACAAGAGCUACACUUGGCCCAAGAUGAGAUCCAGAAUCUGCGGCAAGCUGCGGCAGAUUCUGCAACUGAACAUGAAAGUGACAUAGCAUCCCUGCAGGAAGAUCUCUGCCGGAUGCAGAAUGAACUUGAUGACAUGGAGCGCAUCCGAGGGGAAUAUGAGAUGGAGAUUGCCUCACUCCGCGCAGAAAUGGAAAUGAAGAGCUCUGACCCUUCCAAUAGUAUAAGUCUCUCAGAAUUCUCUGGGUUGCAAGAAGAACUGCAGCAGCUCCGGGAUCGCUACCACUUUCUGAAUGAGGAGUACCAGACCCUGCAGCAGAGCAACAGCAGCCUCACAGGGCAGCUGGCAGAGCUGGAGAGUGAGAGGACACGAAGAGCAACAGAGAGGUGGCUGGAGUCCCAAGCACUAAGGACUAUGGUAUCAUCAGAGUCUCAGACUUCAGAAAUGGAUUUCCUCGAACCUGAUCCUGAAGUGCAGUUGUUACGCCAGCAACUGCUGGGAGCUGAGGAGCAAAUGCACGACAUGCAGAACAAGUGUAAAGAACUGUGUUGUGAGUUGCAAGAACUACAGCAUCAGCGGCGGAUCAGUGAGGAGGAGCAGAGGCGGCUUCAGCAGGAGCUCAAGUGUGCCCAGAAUGAGGUGCUUCGGUUUCAAACUUCCCACAGCGCUGUCCAGAAUGAGGAACUGAAGACCAGGCUUUGUGCCCUGCAGAAAAAGUACGAUGCUAGCCAAGAUGAGCAGAACGAGCUCCUGAAGGUGCAUGUGCAACUUCAGGCUGAGCUCCAACAGCUCACACUCAUGAAACCCACAAUCACGGAGAGCCAAAGUGAAAAGGAGUUACUAUGCCGGCUCCAGAAGCUGCAGAUCCAGCACCAGAACAUCGUGUGUGAGAAGGAGAAGCUGCUAGAGGUGCAGUGUCAGCUCCAGGAGAAGCUGCAGUGCCAUGAGGCAGAGCUGCAGUGCCUGCGGGACCUGGUGGCCUCCUUGCGGGAGUCUGAUGAGAAGAAUGCCAAGGUGCACGCGCAGCUCCGGGAGAUGAAGCGGCUGUAUGAGGCCAGCAAGGAGGAGCUAGAGCGCCAGAAGCACAUGUACGACCAGCUCGGGCAGGACCUUCGGCUGCACCAGAUGGAACUCGAACAGCUCAAGACCCCCCAGCCCUCUCCUGAGCAGAAGGAAGCCUGUGCCAACAAGUGUGAUACACUGCUGUCCAGGCUGACAGAACUGCAGGACAAGUUCAAGGCCAGCCAGAAAGAGAUGGGGCAGUUGCAGAUGGAGCAGUGUGAGCUCCUGGAGGACCAGAGGCGGCUGCAGGAGGAGCAGGGCCAGCUACAGGAGGAGCUGCACCGGCUCACAUUCCCACUGCCCAAAUGUGGCCUCUUCCGUAAGAGUCAGGAGCUGCUUACAAAGUUACAAGACCUGUGGGACCUACAAGUGCUCUACCAAGGCAUGCAGGAGGAACAGAGAAAACUGAUGCAGAACCAAGAGUGUGUAUUAAAGGAACAAAUAGAGGCACACAAGUUGCUGCGAGGCUUCAAAGAGUCUCGUUUCCAGGAAGUGUUGGUGAAUCCUGAGGAUGCCAAACAGCAUAAGUCCACAAAUAGUGAGAAAAAGUCCAAGCAGCUUCUGGGGCAGCUGCGGGUUGUGCAGGAGCUGUAUGUCGCCAGCCAAAAGGAACAGGAACUGCUGCAACAGGAGCAUGGGCGGCUCCUUGAGGAGCGGAAGAGACUACAGGCUGAUUUACAGCUCUGUCUGGAAGAAAUGCAGCUGCUCCAAACGCAGUCCCCCUGUAUCAAAAGGAGUCUUCAGUCCAACAAGGAGAACUCUGCCAGCAGUGAGAACUUCCACAGGAGUUAUGGCAGCACCAUUGAUGAUGAGAGCUUUCACAAGAGUUACGUUAGCACCCAGGCCAGCAGUGAGGGCUUCCUCAGGAGCUAUGACAGCACCACUUCUGGUGAGACCUUUGAGAAGAGUUACUGCUCCAGCAACAGCAGCGUCACCUAUAAGAAGAGCUAUGGCAGCCCCAGCAGCUCCGAUAUCUGUCCUAAGAGUUAUGUCAGCAGCAGUGCUGACCAGGACCCAGCUGAGCCUAAAGACUUAGAGCACUUUGAGGAGACAGUGGCCAAGGUGCUGACCAAGCUGCAGGCGGUACAGGCCCUGUACCAGGUGAGCCAGGAGGAGCACUGCCAGCUGCAAGAGCGGAUGAACAAGCUUCUGGACAGGCAGAGAGAGCUGAGGGAAGAGAUCGAUGGCUGCGAAAAGGAAUUCCAGGAGUGUGUGGAAAGCCUUGAGAAGCCCGCAGCAGCCCCCAACGAUAAGAAUGAGAUCAAAGAACUGCAGACCAAGCUGCGGGAGCUGCAGCUUCAAUACCAGGCGAGCAUGGAUGAGCAGGGACGGCUCCUGGCAGUACAGGAGCACCUGGAAGGGCAGCUACAGUGCUGCCAGGAAGAGCUCCGCCAGCUCAGAGAGAAGAAGCCCUCUUCUGGCAAAGAGGCCAGGGGAAAGAACUGCAAUAAGAACACAAACAAGAAUGCCAAUGGGACUAAAAAGAAACAGGUGACCAAGCCAUGCACUCAUAGUUCUAAGGGCGACUUAGAGACCAAAAAGAGUCUGGAGGUUGUGCUGUACUACAAGGCCAGCCAGGAGCAAUUAGAUGAGCUAGGAAAAGAGGAACAAAAGAAAGAGGAAGUAGAAGAAACAAUGAAGGAAGAAACAAAGGAGCCCUGGGAUGAACUAGUUGCUGAGCCAGCAGACCCCAAGGCAGUUAAGUCAACACAAGAUCAAGAGGAAGAAUAUGGAGAGUACAAAGAACAGGAAGAUAAGGAAGAAGACAAUGAAGAUGAGGAUGACUCUUCCUCUGAAACUGCUGAGGAAAAUCCCCUUAAAAUUUCUGAGAGCAAAAAGAACAUGUCUGGGAUGUGGAAGCCUAUGGUAUUCUUGGCUAUUGCAGCUGUGGCUCUGUAUGUGUUACCCAACAUGCGACCGCAGGAGACAGAGUCCUGGGCCAGCUGAGAGGGCAGAUGCCCAGCAGCUACCACCCUCACCUUUGGGCAGGACACACUGUGCAGAGCCCCCACCCCACCUGUGUAUCCUAUGUGUCCCCAGU